AUGGCUUUUUACAGUUUUAACUCCAACUCUUCAUUUAGGUCUGAAUACUCGAGCCUCUUCGACCCUUUUACGCAUGGCUCAAGUGGGUUUGGUGGGGCUCUGCGAGGAGGUGGGUCUGUUUUGCCUCACUCUCUGGUUUUGGAUGGUGAGAAAGGUGAGCUUGUUAAGGCUCCAGCGAGAGUGGGAAAGAAAGGGGUAUCAGAGGCAAAGGCCUUGGCGGCUUUGAAGAAUCACAGUGAGGCUGAGAGGAGGAGAAGAGAGAGAAUUAAUGCACAUCUCUCUACGCUUCGUGGUCUCGUGCCCUGCACUGAAAAGAUGGACAAAGCUGCAUUACUUGCUACAGUUAUCAGCCAGGUGAAAGAACUGAAGAAGGAUGCCCUCGAAUCUAGUAAGGGAUUUCUCAUUCCCGUUGAUGCUGAUGAAGUGCAAGUUGAACCCUAUGACACUGGGGCAGGGGAUGGAACCAUAUCUGUGAGAGCAUCCGUCUGCUGUGAAUACCGAUCUGAGCUUCUCUCUGACCUAAGAGAAGCUCUCGAUUCCCUUCACUUGAAAAUGGUGAAGGCAGAUAUAGCAACCUUGGGAAACCGAGUGAAAAAUGUGUUUGUUUUCACCAGCUGCAAAGAGAGAAGCAAUGAUGCUGAUGCUGAUGCAUUCCAAUUUCUUGCAAGUUCUGUUCACCAGGCCCUGAGUUCUGUCCUUGAUAAGGCUUCUGCCUCACCAGAAUACUCCCCGAGAACAACGCUGCCGAGCAAAAGGCGGAGGGUCUCUUACUUCGAUACCUCGAGCUCAUCCUCAUGA